AUGGAUGCAUACAAGUCAUUUUUAGUAGAUUUUUUAGCUGGUGGGAUCUCUGCAGCUGUUUCAAAGACUGCAGUUGCACCAUUGGAAAGAGUAAAGUUAUUACUCCAAGUUCAAUAUACCUCAAAACAAAUUAGACCCGAAGAUCGGUAUAAAGGUAUGAUGGAUGCAUUUGUACGCAUACCCAAAGAAACUGGUUUUCUAAGUUUUUGGAGAGGAAAUCUGGCUAAUGUAAUCCGGUAUUUUCCAACCCAAGCCUUGAAUUUUGCAUUUAAAGAUAAAUUUAAAAGUAUAUUUUUGGGAGGUGUCCCAAAAGAUGCAUUUUGGAAACAGUUUGCUGGAAAUUUGGCAUCUGGUGGAGCUGCUGGAGCAACAUCUCUCUUAUUUGUUUAUCCACUUGAUUUCGCUCGUACAAGAUUAGCUGCAGAUAUUGGAAAAGGAGAUAAAAGAGAAUUCAAAGGUUUGGGAGACUGUUUAGUAAAAAUUUUCAAGACUGACGGUCUUUUUGGUUUAUAUCGUGGUUUCAAUGUGAGUGUUCAAGGGAUUAUUAUUUAUAGAGCCGCUUACUUCGGUUUUUAUGAUACCACAAAAGGCUUGCUACCUGAUCCAAAACACACCCCUCUACAUAUUACCUUUUUAAUUGCGCAAGUUGUAACAACAACGGCUGGAAUCAUAUCAUAUCCUUUUGAUACAGUUAGAAGACGUAUGAUGAUGCAAUCGGGCCUUAAGAAAACAGAAAUAAUGUAUAAAAAUACAUUGGACUGUUGGAUGAAAACAGCCAAAACAGAAGGUGUUGCAGCGUUUUUUAAGGGUUCACUUUCAAAUAUUCUUAGAGGUACUGGGGGAGCAUUAGUUUUAACGUUAUAUGAUUCAGUUAAAGAAGCAAUUGAGGACGCGCUAAAGACAGAUGAAAAACCUAAACCUGCUGCACCAAAAUGA